ACAGGCAAUUCGAAAACAAUAUUUCGUCUAACAAGGAGGCGUAGUAAUUAAAUGUCUACAAGAACGUCAACCUCAUCUUUAUGUCGCGUAGCUCUCCGUUAAGGGAGGAGUGCCUUGCAGGUGUAGCAAGAGGCGGACAAUGAAGUUUGAUACGUUUAUAGCUUCUGUGAGGCCGUUCGGACCCGUUGUGGUCGGUUUCACAGUGGGACUUACCUUUAGUUUGUUGAGUGUGAGAUGGGUGACAACGCCGUUUGAUUAUGCUGCUGCUGAAGAUGCUGCUUCGUCUCAGGAGGGGAGAGAGAAAGUUGUUGGAAGCCCUGCUUUUAUGUCGACUGGUGCGAAUGGGAAUAGUGAUGAUUUUCGACCACGAAUAGUAGCAUACGAACCAGCUGUGAAGAACAAGACCAAAGAACCUUUCAGAGCCAAAUACAUCAGCACAGAGCUUGGGAUCCGGGAACGUCUCUUUGUUGGGGUCCUGACCUCAAAAAACACCAUUAACACCUUGGGUGUGGCUGUCAACCACACUAUCAGACAGCACCUAGACAGUGUGGUCUUCUUCACUGGCAUGCACAAUCAUAAACUCCCUCAUGGUUUUCCUGUGGUAAACCAUGGCUAUGAACACCUGACCCAAGCCAUGUUUCAGACUGUUAAGCAUAUUCUACGACACUACAUUAAUGAAUAUGACUGGUUCUACUUCACUCAGGAUGAUACCUACAUGCAGGCUGACCGUAUUAAGGGUCUUGUAAGCCACCUGAGCGUAAACCAAAUGUUAUACAUGGGCAAGCCUGUGGAGUUUGUUGAUAAGCAGAUCCAAGCAAGGUACUGCCAUGGGGGCUUUGGAUACCUUAUGUCUCGUAGCCUGUUGCUCCAUCUGAAGCUGUUCUUAGGAAACUGUGAGAAUAGCUUUCUACAUGCCAGACCUGAUGAGUGGCUUGGCAGAUGUGUGGUGGACUACACUAACACCAGCUGUGUGAGUGAGUAUGAGGGUCUAGAGUAUCAUCAUUAUGAGAGUGGGGAAUCUGUGGACUACUCUAAAGAGGCUGAGCAGUUUGAAUAUGUCCUCACUGUACAUCCAGUGUCCGAUCCUGAGCACAUGUACAGACUUCACAAGCUCUUCACCCACAUAGAACUCCAGAAAACAUAUAAGGAGAUUGAGAAGCUGCAGGCAGAAAUAAAGAAUUUGAGUGAAGUGGCUUAUGAAGGCAAACGUAGCAUGGUGUGGCCAAUUGGGAUAAAUCCUUCCUUUAGACCAGAAAACCACAGGGCAGUCUUGUGGUGGGACUACUUUACAGAGGACCUGAUUUACAACUGCCCUGAUGGUUCUCCUAGAUGUGAACUGCACGGUAUCGACAGGAUGGAUGUGGAGGAUGUCAUUGGGGUGGCAGUGGAAGAGAUGAACAGAAAAUACAAGCCCAUCAUUCACCUGAACAAGCAGCAGCUCGUCAAUGGCUACAGGCGCUUCGACCCCUGUAGAGGGAUGGAGUAUAUCCUGGACCUGCAGCUAGAAGUGAUCAAUCAGAAAGGCCGUAACCUCUCAGUCGUCAAGCGCGUUCACUUGUUACGACCUCUGAGUCGUGUUGAGAUGAUAGCCACGCUCUUAGUCAGAGAGACCGUCACAGUCCAUAUCAUAUUACCCAUCACUUCUCAACACACAGACCAUAUUAGUAGCUUUUUGGAUGCUUAUGCCAAGAAUGCCAUUGAGAAGAGUGAGAAUGCCAUACUAACUGUCCUCUUCAUUUACGAUCACUUUGAAGCUCAGGAAGUCAAUCAGCACGACAUCUUUUCUGCUGUUAAAAAUCAGAUUAAAUCUUAUGAGCGCAAAUUCCUUGAUCUCAAAAUCCCCUGGAUCAGUGUUGAGACAGAGGGUCCAUCUCAAAUCAGAUACAUGGAUGUUAUCUCCAAGCAGCACCCAGUUGACACAUUGUUUUUUAUUACCACUGUGCAAACCAACAUCAGUUCAGAGUUCCUCAGUCGCUGUCGCAUGAACACUGUUAGGAACCGGCAAGUGUUCUUCCCCAUUCCCCUCCAGGACUGGAAUCAGGACAUUGCCUGCCAUAAGCAAGCUGUGCCAAAAAUGGCACACCUGAAUAAAGAUACUGACAUGUUUAAUUCCAGCUCAUGGAACGAGGCAUGUGUAUAUAACUCUGACUAUGUAGCAGCUCGAGCACUUUUAGCCUCAGAUGUUCAAGAAAAGGAAGACCUUUUAGAGAACUUUGUCAUCUCCGACAUGUUCGUCAGGUAUUCUAGACUGCAUGUGUUCCGCGCGGUGGAGCCAUCACUCCAUCAGAAGUGCAGUAAACAGACAGGACUGGGCAGCAUCUGUUACUGACGUCCAGCAGAGGAACUGAAAGUGAUUUUAACCCUGCCUUUGUUGUUAGAGCCACUAUUUCUACAAAACCCCUUUCAUCCAAGAGACUCGCUGUGAGACUUCAGAAAACAUGGUACCAGUCAUGUGGAAAAAUACUGUAAAAUUCAUGUGAGUUAAAGAGGACAACUUUAAUUCUCUCACAAGAGAAUGAAUUGUCUCAUGGUAUGUGUGAAAUAAAUGUGAUUGCUAGUUUGCAUAAUCUCAGGUAUUUCUCAUAAAAAUGCAUGAAAUUAUAUUAUAUUUACAUACUGCUUACAAAAUGUCCUGUAUGAGGUAAUACUGUAUGUGACAUGUACUUGACAGCCAUAUGAAAUGGGCUAUAAUCAUGCUGCAUGUACAUUCUAUUGUGAGGAUAUAUCAACAAGGCAAUUUACAUUUACAUUGCAUUUAUUCAUUUAGAAGACACUUUUAUACUAAGCAACCCUCAAAACAGUCAUAAAAAGAACCAAGCAUGUAGCCAUAAAGGAGCUGUCUGUUGCAUAAGUGCCACUGCUAGGUUCAGUAUGAGACCAGAUCCAAAUGGCAGAAUGUCGAAAGAAAAUAAGAGAGUAACAUAAAAAGUCAGUGCACACAGGUCAGUACAAGCACCAUCACAGACUUAUGGUGAUAGUGAGGAAGUGUAUUCAGGGCGGUGGUUAAUGGUGGAGAAUAGAAAGGUGGGUUAGUUCGGGGUGGAGAAUAGAAAGGUGGGUUAGUUAGGGGUGGAGAAUUGAAAGGUGGGUUAGUUAGGAGUGGAGAAUAGAAAGGUGGGUUAGUUAGGGGUGGAGAAUAGAAAGGUGGGUUAGUUAGGGGUGGAGAAUAGAAAGGUGGGUUAGUUCGGGGUGGAGAAUUGAAAGGUGGGUUAGUUAGGGGUGGAGAAUAGAAAGGUGGGUUAGUUAGGGGUGGAGAAUAGAAAGGUGGGUUAGUUAGGGGUGGAGAAUUGAAAGGUGGGUUAGUUAGGGGUGGAGAAUUGAAAGGUGGGUUAGUUAGGGGUGGAGAAUAGAAAGGUGGGUUAGUUCGGGGUGGAGAAUAGAAAGGUGGGUUAGUUAGGGGUGGAGAAUAGAAAGGUGGGUUAGUUAGGGGUGGAGAAUAGAAAGGUGGGUUAGUUAGGGGUGGAGAAUAGAAAGGUGGGUUAGUUAGGGGUGGAGAAUAGAAAGGUGGGUUAGUUAGGGGUGGAGAAUAGAAAGGUGGGUUAGUUCGGGGUGGAGAAUUGAAAGGUGGGUUAGUUAGGAGUGGAGAAUAGAAAGGUGGGUUAGUUAGGGGUGGAGAAUUGAAAGGUGGGUUAGUUAGGGGUGGAGAAUUGAAAGGUGGGUUAGUUAGGGGUGGAGAAUUGAAAGGUGGGUUAGUUAGGGGUGGAGAAUUGAAAGGUGGGUUAGUUAGGAGUGGAGAAUAGAAAGGUGGGUUAGUUAGGGGUGGAGAAUAGAAAGGUGGGUUAGUUCGGGGUGGAGAAUUGAAAGGUGGGUUAGUUCGGGGUGGAGAAUAGAAAGGUGGGUUAGUUAGGGGUGGAGAAUAGAAAGGUGGGUUAGUUAGGGGUGGAGAAUUGAAAGGUGGGUUAGUUAGGGGUGGAGAAUUGAAAGGUGGGUUAGUUAGGGGUGGAGAAUAGAAAGGUGGGUUAGUUAGGGGUGGAGAAUAGAAAGGUGGGUUAGUUCGGGGUGGAGAAUAGAAAGGUGGGUUAGUUAGUGGCUUAUGGAGGUAUGGGUUUCAUGAAACUUGGUACAUAUAACAUUUUUACAUAUGGCACAUUUCUUCAUGGGCAGAUACUGAUAGAUUGUUUAUAAAAAAACCAUUUUAGUUAGAUUAUAUGUGACAUAAAUUAGUUAGAUUAUAUGUGACAUAAAUUAGUGAGAUUAUAUGUAACUAAUAACAUGUCACUCUUACUUUUCAUCAUGUCGGACUUGAUCCAAAGGGAUUUGAUGAAAACAGGUGCUCUCUCUUAAUUUUGCACUAACAGUGAUGUGAAAAUUUGUCACUGAGAAAAAUGGUAAUGUGCUCUUCCUGUCUGUAUUUAAUCUUUUUAAUCUUUUCUGUCUCUCUUGCAUAGAAGUUUGUUGAAGUUAUUGUAAAAAAAACCCAAAUAUAUACUCUAUGCAAAUCCAUUCACUCACAAAAUAAAGGCAGUAUAAUCCAAGUGUAUAUGAAGGCAAGUGUCACAGCCUGCACCUCCAUUUUGUUUUGUUCUGU